GCAGCUGGUAUGGAUUGGAAUCCCGUUUACGUUGGCAGUGAACUCGAAUCUAAGAAAAAAGAAGGACUCCUUAAAGAGAACUAUCCAACUGAUGAGGGUUAUAUUGUACACUGGGACUAUAUGGAACAUUUAUUACACCACACAUUCAAUAACGAACUUGGUAUUGCAACGGAGGAGCAUUCCAUCUUACUAACUGAGCCAACAUAUAAUCAUAAAGCUAACAGAGAAAAAAUGACACAGAUUAUUUUCGAAUCUUUUAAUUUCCCUGCGAUGUAUGUUAAAGCAAAAGGAGUUCUUUCCCUUUAUUCUUCUAGUUGUAUUACUGGUAUAGCAUUGGACAUAUGUGACGGUACUUCUUAUUCUACACCUGCAUAUGAGGGUUAUGCACUUCGCCAUGCCGUAAAGAGAUCGCCUGUAUCUGGGGGAGACAUAACUGGUUGCUUAGAACGAUCUCUCAAUGAUAGAGGUUAUUCUUUCACUUCUCUGGCUGACAUUAAAAUCAUUCGUUAUAUCAAAGAAAAUAUGUGCUACGUUGCAUCCGAUUACAAAAAAGAAAUGGAAAGGUUUUCGACCGAAGCAUCCUCUUUAGAAAAGAAUUUUGAGCUUCCAGAUGGACAAAUUGUAAAUAUAGGGAGUGAACAAAUUCGAUGCGUGGAAACCUUCUUUCAACCACUUAUAAUGGGAAUGCAGUUUCAGGGUCUUCAUGAAACGAUAAACGAUAGUAUUUUAAAAUGUGAUGUGGAGCUUCAUAAAGAUCUGUAUGAAAAUAUUGUCUUAUGCGGCGAGUCAUCUCGGACUCCAGGGAUAACUGGACGUAUGCAAAGUGAGAUUAAUAAACUUGCACCACUCGUUAAGAAAAUAAAUGUAAAGACUCCACCAGAUAUAAAGAAUUCGGCAUGGGUUGGCGGUUCUAUCCUUGCAUCUUUACCAACUUUUCAAGGAAUGUGUAUCACUAAAGAGGAAUAUGAUGAGAUUGGUCCGAGAAUUGUGAUCAACAAGUGUUUUUAAACUCAUUAUUUAAAUAAGAUAACUGAAUCAUCUAACUUUAAACUAUCUAAUGUUUAUCAGUGGCACGAAUCAGCUGUAGAUUUU